GUCGCAAUGACUUCCGUUCGCGCAGGCGUUCGCUCUUUCUUUCCGAACCUCGUGCAGUCAGAAUAGUUUCUGGCUCACCGCUGUUCAAAGUUUUGAAUCUUUGAUUAAGUCGGCCAGAUAUUAUCAUAAAAUAUGUCUUACAAGGACACAAAGGCUCCCACAGAAGAGGCCCCGAUUCACAGAAUCCGGAUUACCCUGACCAGCAGAAAUGUCAAGAGUCUGGAGAAGGUGUGUGCUGACCUCAUUAAGGGGGCUAAGGAGAAGCAGCUGAAGGUAAAGGGGCCAGUGCGCAUGCCCACCAAGGUGCUGCGGAUCACCACCAGGAAGACCCCCUGUGGUGAGGGCUCCAAGACAUGGAGUCGUUACCAGAUGAGGAUCCACAAGCGAAUCAUCGAUCUGCACAGUCCCUCCGAGAUUGUGAAGCAGAUCACCUCCAUCAGCAUCGAACCAGGUGUGGAGGUCGAGGUUACCAUUGCUGACGCAUAAAGACAUGUAAAUGACGGACAAUAAACAUGGAAACCUCA